AUGCGCAGCUUCAUCGUAUUCGCUAUUGCUUUCUGUUGCUUUGCUUCUGUCUCAGCAACCCUUCAAAAUGUGACUGUCAAAGGAGUAGCUGUUUGUAAUAAGAGACGCUUCUCUAAUGCUCAUGUUCAGCUAUACGAUAGAGAUACACUUGACCCCAACGACUUAUUGGCCGACAUUCACACCGACAAGGAAGGAACCUUCACUCUCUAUGGAGAAGAAAAUGAGGUCGGAAGUAUCGAGCCAUUCAUCAGAAUUCAUCACAACUGCAAUGCUCAGAAGGGUUGCACCAGAAUUUCUGAUUAUACAAUUCCAAAAGACAAGAUUGGAGGAGUUUAUGAUAUGACCUAUGUCACUUUGGACAUCAUUGUUCAUGGCGAAAAGGAAGUCUGCUAG